AUGAGAAAACCUAUAAUAUCCGUUACAAAUUGCUAUACUUGCAUACUCAUAUUUGUACUUAUACUCGUACCAUUUUUAUCAUUUACAGCCGCCGCUCAAGAGGAAGUACAACAACAACAACAAUACGAAGAACAACUCGUAGGGCAACAACUCGAAGAUCCUUGGAAUUAUGAAAUUCAAUCACUCAUAGAACAACUACCUCCCAUAUCGGAUCCUUUAAACCCUUCCUUAUCUUCAUCAUCCUCAAACAAUACAUUAAGUCGUCGUGAUAAUCUUUAUGAUAAAAGCUUUUAUUUACCAAUGGAUUAUUCCAUUGAAAAUGAAGAAAUAAUUUCAAACCAAUUUUGGUCCAAAAAUAUAACAAAUUUACAAUCCAAAUUAUAUGAUUCCUUAUUGAUUUCUAGUGAAAAUUUCAAUAACGUUCAAUCGACAUACCUUUUAUCACAAAUUCAUCUUUAUGGUAAAUUUGGAUUCCCACAAAAUAAAUCAGAAGCGCACAAAACAUUAUUAAAAUUUAACCAACUAACUAAUUUCAAUAAUCAUACUGCAUUAUUUGAUUUAGCAAUGAUGUAUUCCACUGGACUUUUUGGUACCAUACCAAUAGACAUUUCAAAAUCAUUAAUUUAUUUCCAAAAAUCAGCAAGUUUAGGAAACCUAAUGGCAAAACAAGUAAUGGCAUAUAAAUAUUACAUGGGUUUAAACGUACCAAGAGAUUUUAAUAAAGCUUUAUUAUUAUAUAAUGAAAUUUCCACCACGUUAAGAACCAUCUCUCCCACAUCAUAUUUCAAAUUUUUACAUUGGGAUAUUAAUUUCCCAGAUUUAGAAACUUUCCAAGUUAGAAUACUUGAUUUUAAUAAGAAAAAUUUCGGUCUCUUGGGGAAAGGUUUAAGUUCAGUGGCAAGUUCCAUUACAAGAAGAAAGGCAAUUAGACCAGAUAUUACAUCUUCUGUUUUGACUCAAAUGAAUCCCGGUGGACAGAUCGUUUUACAAUUUGGUCUUGGUGCUGAUAUUAAUUCAUUCUCACUUUCAGAAAAUGAUGAUCGGAAUGAGGAUGAUGUUUAUGAUGAAGACCAAUUAGUUGAUCUCUUUUAUACAGCAUGGGAUCUUUAUAAGGGAACGUAUACUCAAUUACGUGAUGUUCCACAAGCUAAAAGAAUUCUUGAAAAAAUUAUCAAAGAUUAUGAAAAUGAUGUUGAUUUUAUGGAUAAUUUACAACGAUUUUUCUUUUCAAAAUCUUUAGAUUUAUUAGGUCAUAUUUAUUUUAUGGGUGAACAUAUUGAAACACCACCAAAUGAAGAUCCAAAACCUGACUUAAAUAUUGCAAUCCAUUAUCUUGAAAGAGCUGUUAAAGUGUUAGAGACAUCUACCGUAGUGAAAAGUCGUGCUAAUGUGGAUUUAGCUUUAAUUUGUCAUUAUGCAGAAAAUAAUAUUCCAAAGGCAUUAGGAUUCUAUAAUAAAAUGGUUGACAGUCGUUAUAAUAAUGGUAACAUUGAUUAUCAAUUAUCAAAAUUAGCUAAAGAACAUCCAGAUCUCAAAAAUCUAGGUGAUCCAAUGGUACAUUUACAAAAUGCAUUUAUGAAAAGGUAUCCCCCUGCUGUCUAUGAUUAUGCAAAGAUGCUUGAGAGUGGAGUCAAUGGUAAAUACAACGUUGAAGAAACAACAUAUAUUUACAAGGCAUUUGCGGAAGAAAUGGAACCUAUAAUGGCACCACAUUUACAAAAUGCAUUCCGUCAAUUAUUAUUAGGUAACAUUGAAAUUGCAUUAUGGGAAUAUUCAAAAGCUGCUGAACAAGGUUAUGAAACUGCUCAAGUUUCUGCUGCUUCGUUAAUGUAUCAAACACCAUUUAAAUUUGAACCUAAUCCAACUACCACUCCUGAAAGGAAAAAUAUGGCUAUAACAUAUUUUUCAAGAGCAUUUAAACAAAAUAAUGUUGAUGCUGGGGUUGUGGCAGGUGAUAUUUAUUAUGAUAUGGGUCAAUUUGAUAAAGCUAUAAGUAUUUAUCAAAGUGCUGCUUUGAAAAUGUCACCACAAGCAGUUUGGGAUCUUGGUUAUAUGUAUGAACAUGGGUUGGGUGUUCCAAAGGAUAUUCAUUUAGCUAAAAGAUAUUAUGAUCAAAUUUUGGAAAUUAAUCAUAAAUUGUUUAUUGCGUCCAAAUUAAGUGUUUGGAAAUUACAAUUUAAUAUAUGGAUUGAUUGGUUAAAAGAAACCAAGAUUUAUAAACUUUUCAUUAAAUUGAUUCUCAAUCGUAUCAAACUCAGAACUACUAAUAUACCAUUUGUGGACAUGAUGAAUCCCAUAAUACCAAUUAAACAAAGCCACAUGGUUCACAAUUAUACAAAUAAAUUAAAAUCAUUUAUUUUUCAGGAGACGAAAUAUCUAACAACUUCUGUCAAUGUCAACUCUAAUACAACGAUUAUUUCAAGACCUCCAAGGAAAAUUAUUGUUCAACCAGGAUUAGAAAGUUUACGUGGGAUCAACGGAGAACAACAUGCAGAUGAUGAAUCAUUUUUCAGUUCACUUGGAUUAAAUACAGAAGAUUUAUUAACCAUGGGAUUAAUAUUAUUUAUGUUCUUAAUGACUAUAGUAUUAAGAAUAGUUGGACCCAGACAAGAUUGGAAUAUUGGGAUUAAUGGUAUUCCAAUACAAAGAGAUCAAGAUGAUAGAGAGGGUCAAGAUGGUGGAAAUGCGGGUGCACCUAGAGGUGCGGGAGGUAUCUUCGGCAACUUAGAUAUUCAAGUUGUAGCAAUAUAA